UUUUCUCAAUCCGACUCUCUUUGGGCUUCGGCGUUUCGGAAGCGCGUUAGGGAUUUAAAGAGGAAGGAGGGAGAGAGAGAGAGAGGAGUUGUUCUCCUUUCCCCAAUUCCUCCUCCUCCUCCCUCUCUCCUCCUUUGUUAGGGUUUCGUCGUCGAUCGUUCUUCUCCAUCGAACGCAUGGCGAGGAAGCGGAAAUCGGACGCGACGCGCCUCGACGAGGUGGAUCGGACGCUCUACUCCACCUUCUGCAGCGCGGCCAACUCGCUCUCCCAGCUGUACACCCAGGCCAUGAACCAGCAGAAAAUCUCCUUCCAGGCCGGCGAGCGCCAUGCGCUGGAGAAGGUCUACCAAUGGAUCUUGAGACAGCAUGAGGAAGGGUCAAGGGUGAACAUAGAUGAUAUACUUACAUAUAUCCAGAAUGAGAUGGAUUAUGGAGGAGAGGAUGCAAUAGUUUCUCCAAGAUUGCAAUUUCAACACCAACAUCCACAUCUCCAAACUGCAAUGCAUUUUACGAACUUGAACUCGCAACCGCCAUCUGGUUUUUUUGCGCAGGGAGCAAUUGGACUUGCUCCACGGCCUAGUCACUCUGAUCAGGCAAAAAAUUCAGUUUUCUCGAAUGCUCUUUCCAGCCCCGUUCGUAGGAGUCUUCAACCCUACCAUCUGGCUCAGGGAAGUGGAUAUUAUGCAAGUGGUUGUCUUCCCACCGGAAAUGGAGCUAGGAACCAUGAAGCGAACACUCAGAGUCAAAGCCGGGAGCCCAAUUGUCCCAGCUCUAACGACUCAUCCAUGGAUAUGCAUUCUGACAGCCCGACUCAUGAAUCUUACUGAUGACGGGCUGUUCCUAGGGCUGCCCCCAUACAACAUGAUAUCGCCGUAUCCAGUUCAAUAGCCUCGCUAAUCCAGCAUUGUGUUCUCUGAUCUGCAACUCCGUGUUGGGUAGAUGUGAGAGAGGGUAAGAAGAGGCGGAAUAUAUGUUUCUCAGGUUGGGCCCUGGAGGUUUAAGUUGUUGUAGUCGUAUGUUAAUCCCAAGGGUGUUUCUCUUGGUCGUUUCUUUUGUUGAACCGCUUUAGGUUUCAUAUGCUUGUCUAGUGGUCGAUAUAAGUUGUCUGUGCACUUUUGGAACUCUGCUCUUAAUUACAUUUAUAUAAAUAAAAUAUAUGUUGGAACUCUCUUAUUAUAUCA